AUGUUGGUUUUGGUUAACAAAAGUCCCACGAAGGAGUUUAUGGUCGAACGGGGUUUGAGGAAAGGCGACCCUCUUUCGCCUUUUCUCUCUGUUCUUGUCGCAGAAGGUCUUAGGAGUUUGGUUAGCAAGUCGGUCUCAAAUGGCAAUUUUGUGGGUUUUGCUAUCAAUAGGAAUUGUUUCAUUGAUAUCCUUCAAUUUUCCGAUGACACUUUGUUGGUGGAUGACGGUUGUUGGAAACACCUUUGGUCUAUAAAGGCGGUUUUGAGGGGAUUUGAGUUGGAAAAUCCGGAAUUCACUUUUCUCGGCAUUCCUAUUGGUUCUAGUCCGAGAAGGAUAUCUAUGUGGAAAGGGCUUCUUGACAAUGAGAAGAAUCGGUUGGAGAGGUGGAGGGCUCCAGCUAUUUUUGUCAAGAAUUUCAAUAAGAUUCAAAGUGAUUUCCUCUGGGGAGGUUUGGAGGAGAGGAGGCACAUACAUUGGGUUAGAUGGGAGGAAGUUUGUUUACUGAAAGAGAAGGGUGGUUUAGGAAUCAAAAGAAUCGACGACUUCAAUGUGGCGCUUCUCCAAAAAUGGAGGUGGAGGAUUUUGGAGGAAAAUGACGCUUUGUGGUACAAGGUUCUAAAGGCUCGCUACGGUGAUGUUAAUUUCAAUAUGGUGAACAGUUGCAGCAAUGGUUACAACACCUCCUUUUGGUAUUGUAAGUGGUUGGGUGAUUUUUGUUUGAAAGAUCGGUUUCCGUCUUUGUUUUCAAUUUUUGAUUUGAAGUACGCGACUAUAGCUUGCAUGGGUGGCUGGUUAAAUGGUUCCUGGCAGUGGGGUAAUUUGGGGUUACCAGUUUUGUCGCAUCAGCACGCGGGUGACACUCCACAGCAGGCAGGUAUGCUGCUACCUCAGCAGCCCACAACGUCACAACAGCAGCAGCAGUAUUGUGACUUGCUGCAAUCUCAGCCGAUCAAGUAA